AUGGUAACGCAGGAGAAUGACGCAGGUAGACCGACUGGAGCUCGGAGCAGCAACAAGACAACAACUACACAAGCAGCAACAAGACAACAACUACACAAGCAGCAACAAGACAACAACUACACAAGCAGCAACAAGACAACAACUACACAAGCAGCAACAAGACAACAACUACACAAGCAGCAACAAGACAACAACUACACAAGCAGCAACAAGACAACAACUACACAAGCAGCAACAAGACAACAACUACACAAGCAGCAACAAGACAACAACUACACAAGCAGCAACAAGACAACAACUACACAAGCAGCAACAAGACAACAACUACACAAGCAGCAACAAGACAACAACUACACAAGCAGCAACAAGACAACAACUACACAAGCAGCAACAAGACAACAACUACACAAGCAGCAACAAGACAACAACUACACAAGCAGCAACAAGACAACAACUACACAAGCAGCAACAAGACAACAACUACACAAGCAGCAACAAGACAACAACUACACAAGCAGCAACAAGACAACAACUACACAAGCAGCAACAAGACAACAACUACACAAGCAGCAACAAGACAACAACUACACAAGCAGCAACAAGACAACAACUACACAACCAGCCACAAGACAACAACUACACAAGCAGCAACAAGACAACAACUACACAAGCAGCAACAAGACAACAACUACACAAGCAGCAACAAGACAACAACUACACAAGCAGCAACAAGACAACAACUACACAAGCAGCAACAAGACAACAACUACACAAGCAGCAACAAGACAACAACUACACAAGCAGCAACAAGACAACAACUACACAAGCAGCAACAAGACAACAACUACACAAGCAGCAACAAGACAACAACUACACAAGCAGCAACAAGACAACAACUACACAAGCAGCAACAAGACAACAACUACACAAGCGGCAACAAGACAACAACUACACAAGCAGCAACAAGACAACAACUACACAACCAGCCACAAGACAACAACUACACAAGCAGCAACAAGACAACAACUACACAAGCAGCAACAAGACAACAACUACACAAGCAGCAACAAGACAACAACUACACAAGCAGCAACAAGACAACAACUACACAAGCAGCAACAAGACAACAACUACACAAGCAGCAACAAGACAACAACUACACAAGCAGCAACAAGACAACAACUACACAAGCAGCAACAAGACAACAACUACACAACCAGCCGGACACGCAGCUUUUGA